AUGGCUCUCCAGGCUGCUUCCUUGGUUUCUGCUUCUUUCUCUAUUGCCAAAGAGGGGAAGUCUGGCGUAUCUCUUAGGGACACCACAAUGUUUGGUCUUUCAUUGGCAGACUCUGUCAAAGCUGACUUCAGCUCUUCCUCGUUGUCAUGCAAAAGGGAAUUCCCACAAAAAGUUGGCCCUGUGAGAGUCCAAUUAGUGGCAACAACCACUCCAGGAGUCACAAAGGCUUCACCAGAAGGCAAAAAAACAUUGAGGAAAGGCAGUGUUAUUAUCACUGGGGCUUCCUCUGGAUUAGGCUUGGCCACUGCUAAGGCUUUGGCUGAGACAGGAAAGUGGCAUGUGAUAAUGGCCUGCAGGGAUUUCCUGAAAGCUGAAAGGGCUGCAAAAGCUGCUGGCAUUGCUAAGGAAAACUACACUGUUAUGCAUUUGGACCUUGCCUCUCUUGAUAGUGUCAGGCAAUUUGUGGACAACUUCAGGCAAUCAGGCAGGCCAAUAGAUGUGCUUGUUUGCAAUGCUGCAGUUUACUUGCCAACUGCUAGUGAGCCUACAUAUACUGCUGAUGGCUUUGAACUCAGUGUUGGAACAAACCAUCUGGGGCAUUUCCUGCUUUCGCGCCUAUUGCUUGAGGACUUUAACAAAUCUGAUUACCCUUCUAAGAGGUUGAUCAUUGUUGGCUCAAUCACAGGAAACACCAACACAUUGGCUGGAAAUGUGCCACCCAAGGCUAACCUUGGUGACUUGAGGGGACUAGCUGGAGGCUUGAAUGGGCUAAACACUUCAGCCAUGAUAGAUGGAGGAUCCUUUGAUGGCGCAAAGGCGUACAAGGACAGCAAAGUCUGCAACAUGCUUACCAUGCAAGAAUUCCACAGAAGAUACCAUGAAGAAACUGGAAUAACAUUUGCUUCCCUUUACCCAGGUUGCAUUGCCACAACAGGCCUGUUCAGAGAACACAUUCCCUUGUUCAGACUUCUCUUCCCUCCAUUCCAGAAGUACAUAACCAAGGGCUUUGUCUCAGAAGAUGAAUCAGGAAAGAGACUUGCACAGGUUGUGAGUGAUCCAAGCCUAACAAAAUCAGGUGUUUACUGGAGCUGGAACAAGGCCUCUGCUUCAUUUGAAAACCAAUUAUCACAAGAGGCCAGUGAUGCAGAUAAGGCUCGCAAGGUUUGGGAUAUCAGUGAGAAACUUGUUGGUUUGGCUUAA